AUGUAUGUGAUUGUUUUAAACAACAAACAAACAAUACUGUCAAUACAUGCAAUAAUUGUAAUCAAUUUCUCACCACUUCAAGCAUUGCCUGCCAAUAAACCAGCAAUAGAUCCUCAGAAAUCCUCAUCAACGCCGCAGAAUUCUAUUAUUUCCUCGGAACUUGUAUCAAUAUCUAGCCGAUUAAGCUAUAUUUGGAUUUCAACGCGUGAUACUAUUUUAAGGAAAUGUUCAUUGUCCAGUAAUCAUCAUUAUGGCCUACAGUUUCAAAUUAACAACAAUCUACACCUGCUCCUAUGGAUCUUGUUAUCAGGAGACGUUGCUAUCAAUCCAGGUCCCGGUAGUAAAUAUUUUCGGUGUCUUUUCUUCAAUGCCCAGAGUACUACAAAAUUACCUGUUGGGACUUACAACGACGCACACUCCCAUUAUCCAUCUCUGUGUAGUGACUUGCCAAGCGGACUUCGAAUCACUCAGUGGAAUCUGCGAAGUUUAGCACCGAGAAUUAAUAACACUAAGCUAGAUGAAAUAAAACUAAUUCUAAAGGACCCAGGCAGCGAAACACACAUUCUAGGUGUUACGGAAUCUUGGUUAGACGAGUCAAUUGAUGACACAUGUAUUAAAAUCAAUGGUUAUACACACGAAAGAAGCGACAGAUCUUCAAAAACAUUACCAAUUGAUAAGCACCAUGCAGGCGGAAUUAUUGUUUACGUUAAGGAGGACAUUCCCUAUUUUAGAAGAAAUGAUCUUGAAUCUAUCAAUGUUGAAUCGAUCUGGUUACAACUUUGUCCACCUAAUAGUCCGGCUCACCUUAUUUGUGUAGCAUAUAGAUGUCCUGAGUACACCAUAUCGCAGUGGAUUGAAAACUUUGAAAUGCAACUAAAUAAAGCUUAUGUGGAAGGCCAUCAACUAACAAUAAUGGGAGAUUUUAACAUCGAUGUUUCGAAAAAUACCAGUGACUCUCAAUGUUGGUUGGAAUCUAUGGGUGACUUACAUCUUCACCAUGCAGAUUGUUACAGAAUCAACAAGAGUUACAGAAAAUACAUCAACACUUCUAGAUCACGUAUUUACAUCCGUCCCACAUAA